AUGGCCAGUAUUCGAGUCAUUCCGUUAGGUUUGUGCGUUUCGAUCUACCAAAACUACAGUAUAGGUGCCGGACAAGACGUUGGACGAAGCUGCAUCCUCGUCAGUAUGGGCGGGAAGAACAUUAUGCUGGAUUGUGGCAUGCACAUGGGAUACAAUGAUGACCGCCGUUUCCCAGAUUUUUCAUACAUUGCCGAGAAUCAAAGUCUAACGGAGUACCUUGAUUGCGUUAUUAUUAGCCACUUUCAUCUGGACCAUUGCGGUGCUCUACCUUACAUGACCGAGGUUGUCGGGUACGAUGGACCUAUUUACAUGACCCAUCCGACGAAGGCGAUCUGCCCAAUACUUUUGGACGACUAUCGUAAAAUUACCGUGGAGCGGCGUGGUGAACAAAACUUCUUUACCUCCGAGAUGAUCUACCGGUGUAUGGCCAAGGUUAAGUGUGUGUACAUCCAUGAGACAGUUAAGGUGGACGAUGAUCUUGAGUUGCAAGCGUUUUACGCAGGACAUGUGCUUGGGGCCGCUAUGUUUUUAGUACGCGUUGGAACGCAGUCUGUUCUUUAUACAGGUGACUACAACAUGACACCGGAUCGUCAUUUAGGAGCCGCAUGGGUUACAAGGUGCUGUCCAGAUCUAUUAAUCACUGAAAGUACCUACGCUACUACCAUCCGUGAUUCGAAGCGAGCUCGAGAGCGGGAGUUCUUAGAGAAAGUUCAUGCACGCGUUGAAGCCGGUGGCAAAGUCCUCAUUCCUGUAUUUGCUCUGGGUCGCGCUCAAGAACUAUGUAUUCUGCUCGAAUCCUACUGGGAACGCAUGAACAUUUCGGUCCCGAUUUAUUUUUCCAUGGGGAUGGCUAACGAGUACUACAAACUGUUCAUUUCCUGGACGAAUCAAAAAAUUAAGGAGACGUUCGUUCAUCGAAACAUGUUUGACUUUAAGCAUAUUAAACCUCUCGGCCAGGGCAUCAUUUACAAUCCUGGUCCGAUGGUGGUGUUUGCCACCUCUAGAAUGUUGCACACUGGACAGUUGCUACACAUAUUCCGCAAAUGGGCUCCGGACGAACGAAACAUGGUCAUUAUUCCAGGCUAUUGCGUGGCCGGUACAAUUGGGUACAAGAUACUGAAUGGAGUGAAGCGCCUCGAGUUUGAUCGACAACCGCUGGAUGUGAAUAUGCGAGUGGAGUACCUGUCGUUUUCGGCUCAUGCGGAUGCUCGUGGCAUCAUGCAACUGAUUUCCCACUGUCAACCCAAACAUGUUAUGCUUGUGCAUGGUGAGGCGAGCAAAAUGGACUUCCUAAAAAGCAAGAUCGAACAGGAAUUCGGUUUACCGUGUUUCAAACCAGCAAAUGGAGAGAUUGCUGUUAUCCAAACAGAACCACAUUAUGUUGUACAGGCACCAGUGGAUUUUCUGUGUCGAACUGAUGAUGAACCGAUCAUCAAACGUUCUCGGCCGUUGAAGGCAGGAAUACUCGUUGAACCGGGAGUUUCGCCCACAUUGAUGGAUCGGUCGGCCGUGCUUGCCUCGCUCGGUUUGACAGAACAUGUGAUGCGAUUCACAUCUACACAUAGCUUCAAUUCCUGCCGAUCGGUUGCAGCUCUGAUGGAAGAGUUCGUCACUGUUUGCAUCAAGCACUUUCCUCCUCCUAAAGUAAACCGGAAUCACGCAGUAUUCUCCAACUCAGCCGUCCACGUCACUUUCGAUGAUCCUUUGUCUGACGCGUCCAGUGAUGUGCGAGAUCCGAAGCACGACAACGAUCCACAGUUAAAAUCGCGCUUUCAGCCACGAGACCUGCUUUUCAAUGUGACCUACACUCUUCAGACUGAAGCAAUGGGCAAGAAGUUGCUGCAACUUUUCAAAGACCUGGUUACAAGUGGUUAA